GAACGCCCUCCUCCUCCCCGACAGCCGCUGAGCCACUUCCUGUCAGGCGGUUCGCAAGGAUGGCAGACUCAAGGGAACCUCCUCCUCUCUUCAACGACGACGACGAUUCGCGCAAGGACGAUGACAAUGACGACCUCUUCACGUCGGCCGUCCAGUCGCCCGUGAGCGAGCUGACCACACCUGAGGACCAAACGAAGCAAGAGGGGGCCGGCGACCCCCUCACAUCCCCCCCACCUGCUACAUCCUUCCCCCCUGACCCCUCAGGUGGUGACCGGCCUGACCUUUUUGAGUCUUGUGAGGAACCCUCUGUAGGUGGUUUCUCAUCUGUGCCUCUGGAGCAGCCUGCUGAGGGGGGAGGCACGCAGCAGGUCAGCACUGACGCCAAGGACCCCCCACCUACCCCUCCCACCACUCCUUCCGUUGGGUCUUUGGUAGAGAUUCCACUAAUUGUGGAUACGGACAAAGACCAAGACCUUCAACCUACCACCACCUCUUCCUCUCUCACCCACCCAGAUUUCACUCUAUUUGACCCACUCCCCAAUACCUCCGAAGACCUUACAUCCUCUCCCGAUAUACUGACCCCACCUGAAACCUCCACCACCUCCACCCCUACCACAUCAGCACAGGAGCUCUCAGCCUCACCUCCAUCUUCCAGUGCACUUCUUGAUCUCAGCAUGACCCUCCCGCAGGAGCUGUCGUCAGAGCCUCCAGCCAACCUGGUAGAUGCACCCUCUGUAGAGCCUGCAGUUAUGAGUAGCUUUAUCACACCUGCGGAGGAGGCUAGCACUCUGGAUGCCGCUGCUGCUACUAAUGACGAUGAUGAUGAUGCCACCAACCCCACUAAUCAUGCUGGCGAGGACACAGCAUCAAGCUCUGAGGAAGCCCUUGUUACUGUGUACGAUAGCGAGACCCCUGAGGUACACAGUUCUGCCCCAGAGCUUGAUGCUGAUUCUUCCUUGCUCAAUGCACCCUCUUUCCUUGGUGAUGGGGAAACUACUGAAAUCUCCCUAGAUGAUACUGCACAGGAGGUGUCCCUUGAAGAUGAGACCGAUGAUGGUGAACUUUUUGAUCCCGCUUCCACGCCAAAGCUACAGCUUAACCAGGAUCCUCCUCUGCCUGCCUCCAAUAUCCUACCCCCCAUGGGAGCCCCACUGACACCCCCUGUGGCUCCCAUCACCCCCACUGCCACCCCAAAUCUCACCCCGAACGUGACUCCUGCGGCACCUACACCCGUCACACCAGUAGCUGCAGCCAGACCUUCAGCUGAGCAGCUGGAGAGUGAGAGUGGAGACGAAUUCAUUGAGAUCUCCAUCUCAGAUCCCCAGAAGAUUGGUGACGGCAUGAGCUCAUACAUGGCUUACAAAGUCACCACAAAGACUAAUAUUGCCUACUUUAGGAAGAAGCACUGGAGUGUAACCAGAAGAUUCAGCGACUUCCUUGGCCUACAUGGGAAGCUAGUGGAAAAGCACCUUCACUCUGGUCGCAUCAUUCCCCCGGCUCCUGAGAAGUCGGCCAUUGGAACAACAAAGAUAAAGCUGGGUAGUGACAAAAGCUCAGACUCAAGCUCUUCAGACUUCAUAGAGAGACGUCGAGCUUCUCUUGAGCGUUACAUGAAUCGGACAGCUGCUCAUCCCACUCUCAGAUCCGACCCCGAUUUCAGGGAGUUUAUUGAGUUAGAUGCUGAAUUGCCGCGAGCUACUCAAACUUCAGCCCUCAGCAGUGCAGGUGUGCUUAGGCUUUUCAACCGCGUGGGAGAGACGGUCAACAAAAUGACCUUCAAGAUGGACGAGUCUGAUCAGUGGUUUGAGGAGAAGACACAGCAGAUUGAGAACCUGGAUGCUCAGUUGCGGAAACUCCACGCAGCAAUGGAGGGCCUAGUGGCCUACCGACGGGAGCUUGCAACUAGCACAGCCUCGUUUGCCAAAUCGGCUGCUGUCCUGAGCAGCGUAGAGGAGCACUCAGCCCUGAGUCGAGCCCUCCACCAACUGGCCGAGUCCACUGAGAGGACGCAUACUAUUCAUCAUGCUCAGGCUGAUGCAGACUUCUACCAUUUGAGUGAGACCACCAAAGACUACAUCCAUCUCAUUGGAGCUGUGAAGGAUGUAUUCCAUGAGCGUGUCAAGACAUUCCAGACCUGGCAGCAUGCACAGACAAUGCUGGCCAAGAAGCGCGAAGCCAAGGCCAAGGCGGAACUAGCUGGCCGGAUGGACAAGGUUCAGCAGGCCCAGGAUGAGGUGGCUGAAUGGGAGGCGAAGGUGGAGAGAAGCCAGGAGGAGUUUGACCGUAUCUCUCGAGCCAUCAAGAAGGAGAUGGAACAGUUUGAUAUAGUGAGAGUGAAAGAUUUCAAAGACAUGUUGGUGAAGUACUUGGAAGCUUUGAUGACCUCUCAGCAGCAGAUAAUCAAAGUAUGGGAGACAUUCCUCCCAGAAGCAAGGGCUAUUUCGUAGAGGAUCUGCUGAAUGCCUUGAAUUAAAGAGUUACGGCUGUAAAUUGCUGAAGAGUGGAAAUAUUGGUGAUGGAGUUUCACUUUCCAAUUUAUGCACUCUUCCUUUUUUUUCCUUUUUUUUUUCUUUUAGCAUUAGCCGAUGUCAGAAUCUUGUUCUUUUUGUUUUUAUUUAUUUUUUAUCCUUUUUAUAUGUAUACAGCCAUUUCCCAGUGAUUAAAGUUUUUAAGCAUUCCUCCAAAUUAUUAUUUUCUCGUUUUUUCUUUUUCUUUGUCAAUGUUUGAAGACGACAAAAUGCAUCUUUCUUGCUUAAAAUGAUUAUAAUGCAACCAUUCCUAGAUGUUUAUAAAAGAUUUGCUUGUUGAUAUUUUAAGAUAUUUGGAACAUAUAUUUUUUCUCCAUUUGAAAUGCUAAUGGAAAAGUGAAACUAGCAUUAAUCCAGAAUAUCAGGUAUGAGUGCUUUAAAAAUAUCUUGUUUUUGUAGAACAAUAUAUAUAUGUAUCUCCUUGCAAAAGAUGUAUGAUUCUUCAUUCUUAUAGAGCUUCUGAUAGAUUUUUUUUUACCCACAGACUACCCAUUCAUAAAAAUAAAGCUUACAAUAACGUCCACUUUUAACCUUAUUACUGCAAGAUGGUCUGGUGUCGGAAACCAUGAAUGGUCAUCUAAUGGUGUUUCAGUGAGGGGAUGAAAGCUGAAAGUGUGGUGUGUCUGGGCCAGUUUGUUAUUUAUUGUUCAGUUUUGAAUGAAGAAAAAGAUCUGAGUAUGAACACAUUAUCAAUGUUGAAAGGUGAAAUGUGAUCCGACAAAUUAAGAGCUUACAUUGCUAUGUGGUAAUUAAGUGCAGUUAAUUAGAUGUGCUCUUUUUUUGUGGUAUUUCCUUUUUUUUUAUUUACGUAAACCACUUUUGAUGUAUUUUUCCAGAAUGAAAAAACAACAACAUUGUAUUGUAUCACAUAGGGUGCACUUAGGAUGUUUGUGAAUAAGUUAAGAUUAAACUUUUUUUUAUGAGGGGGUAAUGUAUUUUUCAGCAUUUUAUUGCUCUUAGCUUGUUUUGCGUCUCCAGAAAAAAAAAAGAUGGAGGGGAAAUUUGAUUUACUUCAGCUACCCCUUUUCCCAUUAGAUUAAGGCAUACUUUGAUUCUUUGGGAUUAUUUUGUUAUAUAUGUAAAACCAAGUUGGUAUUCGCUGAAACCUUGUGUCAUUCGAUCUAUGGUUUUGAAUGCUCAGGUUUAUACUUUAUUUUUUGUCUUUAGAAAAGUAAAAUCUGUGCUGAAAUUGAUUGUACAGUAUAUAUAUGUAUAUGAUUGAUCACUCAAAAAAUUAUUUAAGGUGA